AUCUCCUCAAUCCGUGGGCGUCUGCGCGUCGUCUCCGUCUCCGUCUCCGGCGAGCAAAGGCGGCGAGGAGAGAGAGAAGAGGGGGGAGGGGAGGGGAGGGGGAUGGGGUACCUGUGGAGGGUGCGGCUGUCGUCGUUCCUGGUCGGCACGGCGACGGCGUCGGCGGCGGGGUUCUUCUUCAUCUACAAGGACCACCUCCUCGCGCGCGCCGCCAUCGCCCGCCAGGUGGAGGACAUCAAGGAAACUUCUGAAAAGCACUAUGAAUCCCUAAAUCAGCGGGUCUCAGCGUUGGAAAGCAGAAAUGAAUUGGGAGAUACUAAAGCGGUGUCUGAUUAGUUCUGGCGUUCUGCUAGUUGGGUUGGGUGUUUUUGUCUGCUGCAUGUGUAGAUGCAGCAUUUAAGAUGUACCAUUUUGUUGUUGAAAUUGCUAUAAACCCUCAAUUGGAGCUGUGUUACACUGUUGCACAGUUCAUCUACAUGAAAUGGACACAGAUCAAAUAAAUCAAUUUUGGUGGCUAACCAGCCAGCUUUUCUUAUUAUUA